AGCCUCGGGGGCGCUGCGUGCCGCGCCCGCCGCUCCGCGCGCACCGGCUCGGGCCGCCGAGGGCUCCGGCUGAGCUCGGCGGGGACGGCGCGGAUGCGGCGGCGGCGACGACGGCGGCGCUCACCUGAGGCGGCGCGCGGGUGGCGCUGUCAGGGCCGCGCUCGCCCGGCGCCGGCUCCGCACUGAGGCUGCUCCCGGGCGCCCGCCCGCUCGCCCGCUCUCCGGUCCGCCCGUCCGCCCGUCCGUCCGUCCGCCCGCCCGGCGUCCCCGCAGCCCGGCCCCCCGCGUCCUCGCCCGCCUUCCCGCUCCGCGGCCUGCGGGAGCCGCGCGCUCCCCGGUGAGGCCUGCUCGCUCGCUCUCUCGUUCUCUCGCUCGUUCCCUCGCUCUCUCGCGCGCGCCCGCCCGCCCGCCAGCCCGCCCUCGCCGAAGCCCUCCGCGGCCCGCCACCCGCCGGACCCCCGGCUCGACCCCGCCGCCCGCGCAAGAUGUCGGCGCGGACGCCAUUGCCCACGGUGAACGAGCGGGACACAGAGAACCAUACAUCUGUGGAUGGAUAUACUGAAGCACACGUCCAGCCUACUAAGUCAAGUAGCAGACAGAACAUUCCCCGGUGUAGAAACUCCAUUACGUCAGCAAUAGAUGAACAGCCUCACAUCGGAAAUUACCGCUUACAGAAAACAAUAGGGAAGGGGAAUUUUGCCAAAGUGAAAUUGGCAAGACAUGUUCUAACAGGUAGAGAGGUAGCUGUGAAAAUAAUAGACAAAACUCAGCUAAACCCUACCAGUCUACAAAAGUUGUUUCGGGAAGUACGAAUAAUGAAGAUCCUGAACCAUCCUAACAUAGUGAAACUGUUUGAAGUUAUUGAAACAGAGAAGACACUCUAUCUAGUCAUGGAAUACGCAAGUGGGGGUGAAGUGUUUGAUUACUUAGUUGCCCACGGAAGGAUGAAAGAAAAAGAGGCACGUGCAAAAUUUAGGCAGAUUGUUUCUGCUGUACAGUAUUGUCAUCAAAAAUGCAUUGUUCAUCGUGAUCUUAAGGCUGAAAACCUUCUCCUUGAUGCUGAUAUGAAUAUUAAAAUUGCUGACUUUGGUUUUAGCAAUGAAUUCACAGUGGGGAACAAAUUGGACACUUUCUGUGGAAGCCCGCCUUACGCUGCCCCCGAGCUUUUCCAAGGCAAGAAGUAUGAUGGGCCAGAAGUGGAUGUGUGGAGUCUGGGCGUCAUUCUCUACACGCUGGUCAGUGGCUCCCUGCCCUUUGAUGGCCAGAACCUAAAGGAACUUCGUGAGCGAGUCCUCAGGGGGAAAUACCGCAUUCCCUUCUACAUGUCCACAGACUGCGAGAAUCUCCUGAAGAAACUGUUAGUGCUGAACCCCAUAAAGAGGGGCAGCUUGGAGCAAAUAAUGAAAGACCGAUGGAUGAAUGUUGGUCAUGAAGAAGAAGAACUAAAACCAUAUUCUGAGCCUGAGCUUGAUCUCAAUGAUGCAAAAAGAAUAGACAUUAUGGUCACCAUGGGUUUUGCACGAGAUGAAAUCAAUGAUGCCUUAGUAAGUCAGAAAUACGAUGAAGUCAUGGCUACUUAUAUUCUUCUAGGUAGAAAACCACCCGAAUUUGAAGGUGGUGAGUCACUGUCCAGUGGAAACCUGUGUCAGCGAUCCCGGCCGAGCAGUGACCUGAACAACAGCACUCUUCAGUCCCCGGCUCACCUGAAGGUCCAGCGAAGCAUCUCAGCCAACCAGAAGCAGCGUCGCUUCAGUGACCAUGCUGGUCCCUCCAUCCCCCCCGCUGUGUCAUACACCAAAAGGCCCCAGGCCAACAGUGUGGAAAGUGAACAGAAGGAGGACUGGGACAAAGACACAGCCCGAAGACUUGGCAGCACGAUGGUGGGAUCCAAGAGUGAAGUGACAGCCAGCCCCCUGGUGGGUCCGGACAGGAAAAAGUCUUCUGCUGGCCCGAGUAACAACGUGUAUUCUGGAGGGAGCAUGGCAAGAAGGAACACGUAUGUGUGUGAGAGGACCACGGACCGGUACACCGCGCUGCAGAAUGGAAGAGACAGCAGCCUUACAGAGAUGUCCGCCAGCAGCUUGUCAUCUGCGGGUUCCACAGCAGCUUCUGCUGGCGCCUCAGCACGGCCCCGCCACCAGAAGUCCAUGUCGACCUCUGGCCACCCUAUUAAAGUCACACUGCCAACCAUUAAAGAUGGCUCUGAAGCGUACCGGCCUGGCAGUGCAACCCAGAGAGCGCCUGCUGCUUCCCCAUCUGCUCACAGUAUUAGUGCCGCCACCCCAGACAGGACCCGCUUCCCCCGAGGGAGCUCCAGCCGAAGCACCUUCCAUGGGGAGCAGCUCCGAGAGCGGCGCAGUGCUGCUUACAAUGGGCCGCCUGCCUCCCCGUCCCAUGAAGCUGGUGCCCUUGCACACGCCAGAAGGGGAACGUCCACCGGGAUAAUAAGCAAAAUCACUUCCAAGUUCGUCCGCAGGGAUCCAAGUGAAGGCGAAGCCAGCGGCAGAACCGACACAGCCAGAAGUACAUCUGGGGAGCCGAAAGAAAGAGACAAGGAAGAGGGCAAAGACUCCAAGCCGCGUUCUUUGCGGUUCACAUGGAGCAUGAAGACCACAAGCUCAAUGGACCCCAAUGACAUGAUGAGAGAGAUCCGGAAAGUGUUGGAUGCCAACAACUGUGACUACGAACAGAAAGAACGGUUCUUGCUCUUCUGUGUCCAUGGCGACGCGAGGCAGGACAGCCUUGUGCAGUGGGAGAUGGAAGUCUGCAAGUUACCUCGGCUCUCGCUGAAUGGGGUCCGCUUCAAGCGAAUCUCUGGGACCUCCAUUGCCUUUAAGAACAUUGCAUCCAAAAUAGCAAACGAGCUUAAGCUGUGAAGCUGUGUGAGCUUCAGGAUCAGGGAAGAUGCCCCACAGCUGAGGUGCAGGUUGUGAGUGCACAGAUUCCUGUGUAGAAUCUGUCCUUAACGCAAUAGGGUUAUACAUAGUCAUGAACUGUAAAAUUAAAGUCAGUAUGAGCUAUAAUAAGACUCUGUAGCUUAAAAAGUAGGUUCACAUGUACAGGUAAGUAUAUUGUGUAUUUCUGUUCAUCCUCUGUUCAUAGAGUUGUAUAAUAAAAUAUGAUUGCUUUAAAACCUG